AGGCGGGGGAAGGGGGAAAGGGGGCGGGUGGCGACUGAGGGGCAAGUCCCCUCCGCUCCGGCGUUCGCUGCGGGCAGCCCCUGGCUCCCGAAAUGUGGCUGCAGAGUCCCCACCGGGGUCACAUAGUCGAGCGUGGAGCGGCCAGUUUGGGAACGCGACAUGUGUAUUUUUUUGGAAUGAAAACUCCUGACUCAGGCUAGGCUGGGCUCCCGCCAUGGGCCAAAACUAGUCGGCGGUGGGAAACUAACUGCAAAGAAGCCUGGGAAAUGAGGGACAUGGAUAGUUGGUGAAGAGAUUAUAAACCUUCUACUGAAUGAAAAAAUUAUUCUUAAAGUUGCGUAUUCUCCAAGAAAAAACCCCAAAUGUUUUUAUAUUUUGCCUGAAAACAAAAUCUGAACAAGAAGCUUACAUAGAAGCUCCGUGGCCACCACCAUGUUCUGGAAGUUUGACCUGAACACCACGUCCCAUGUUGACAAGCUACUGGACAGGGAGGAUGUAACUCUGCGUGAGUUAAUGGAUGAAGAUGACAUCUUGCAGGAGUGCAAGGCUCAGAACCAGAAGCUGCUGGACUUCCUGUGUAGGCAGCAGUGCAUGGAGGAGCUGGUGGGCCUCGUCACACAGGACCCGCCCCUGGACAUGGAGGAGAAAGUCCGCUUCAAAUAUCCCAACACAGCCUGCGAGCUGCUGACUUGCGAUGUGCCCCAGAUCAAUGACCGACUCGGUGGGGACGAGGCUUUGCUGAGCCUUCUUUACAACUUCCUGGACCAUGAGCCGCCUCUCAAUCCUCUGCUCGCCAGUUUUUUCAGCAAGACCAUUGGCAACCUCAUUGCGAGAAAACCCGAGCAGGUGAUCGUGUUCUUGAAGAAGAAGGGCAGGUUUGUUGGCCUGGUGCUGCGGCAUAUCGGCACCUCCGCCCUCGUGGACCUACUGCUGCGCCUCGUCAGCUGCGUGGAGCCGCCUGGGCUCAGGCAGGAGGUCCUGCACUGGCUCGAUGAAGAGAAUGCCAUCCAGAGACUCGUGGCCCUGAUCCAUCCUGGGCAGGAUGAGGAUAGACAGUCCAAUGCUUCUCAGGCUCUGUGUGACAUCGUCAGGCUGGGCAGAGAGCAGGGCAGUCAUCUGCAAGAGGCCCUGGAGCCGGACCCCCUCCUUGCCGUGCUGGAGUCGCAGGACUGCGUGGAGCAGCUUCUGAAGAACAUGUUUGACGGGGACCAGACCGAGAGCUGCCUCGUCAGUGGCACUCAGGUGUUGCUCACCUUGUUGGAAACUGGGCGGGCUGGGACAGAGGGCUUGAUGGACUCCUGUCCUCAGGGACUAGAGAGGUGGCACGCUGUCAGUGGCAGUGUCCUGCGUGGCAUUGAGCCACGGCUGAAGGACUUCCACCAGCUUCUGCUCAGUCCACCCAAGAAAAAAGCAAUUCUGACCACCAUUGGUGUGCUGGAGGAGCCGCUGGGGAAUGCCCGUCUGCAUGGUGCACGCCUCGUGGCUGCCCUUCUGCACACGAACACGCCCAGCAUCAACCAGGAGCUUUGCCGGCUCGACACCCUGGGCUUACUGCUGGACCUGUUUUUUAAGUACACCUGGAAUAACUUCUUGCACUUCCAAGUGGAACUAUGCAUAGCCACCAUCCUCUCCUAUGCUGCCCAGGAGGACAGGGCAGAGGCCAGUGGACCCGAGAGCCAGGCGGAGCCUGCACCAGGAAACGGGGACCCAGACACCCCCCAUCCUGCCCCCAGCUGCCCUGAGAAUGUGAUGGUGACCCACCUGUUCCAGAAGUGCCGCCUGCUGCAGAGGGUCCUAGAGGCCUGGGAGGCCAACGAGCAUGCACAGGCAGCAGGUGGCAUGAGGCGUGGGAACAUGGGCCACCUUACCCGGAUCGCCAAUGCGGUGGUGCAGGCCCUGGAGCGGGGCCCAGCGCAUACCCACAUCCACGUGGCCGUCCAAGAUUGCCAAGGGCGCUGGGAGAACUUCGUGGAGGAGACGCUGAUGGAGACCAACCGCAGGAAUGCCGUGGACCUGGUGAGCCCCCACCGCCUGCACCCCUCGAGUGAGGAUGAGGAUGUGGAGGGCGUGUUCCCAAAUGAGCUGACCCUUCAGCAGGCUUUCUCUGAGUACCAGGUCCAGCAGAUGACGGCCACCUUCGUGGACCAGUUUGGCUUCAAUGAUGAGGAGUUUGCAGAUCAGGAUGACAGUGUCAACUCUCCCUUUGACCGGGUUGCAGAGAUAAACUUCACCAUCGACGCCGACGAGGACAGUCCCAGCACGGCUCUGUUCGAGGCCUGCUGCAGUGACCACAUCCAGCCCUUUGACGAUGAGGACGACGACAUCUGGGAGGACAGGGACACACGCUGUGCCACCCGGGCGGCGGCCAGAGCCAGGUUUGGGGGCCCUCAUGCCUCAGAGAGCUGCUCAGGGGAUGGCCUGGCAUCAGGAGGCCAGGAUGGGAAGGAGGGCUCAGAAGCAGACAGCACCAUGGCCCAGGCAGGCACCCCUCCGGCCACUGCCCAGAAGGAAGGUCCCCAGGUGGAAGGGGGCCCAGGAGGUGCCACGUGGAUGGUGCUUGAUGAGCCAGCAGACUCGGCAGUGCCAGCCCCAGGAGCGGGUUCUGGGCUGUGGACGACCAGCACCCCCAGCACCUUGGCUACAGGGGAGAAAGGCUGGGCCCAGUUCACUGACUUCCAGCCUAUCUGCCGCUUGGAGUCAGUGCCCGGGUGCAGCUCCCCGGGGGACACAGGGCACCGCAAUACAGGCCAGGGCCCGGAGAGAGCCCUCAGCCCAGCCUCCCCUUGUGUCUGGAACGUGUGUGUCCCCAGAAAGUCUCUCUCGGUGGCCUCCAGCAGCAAGAACGAGCAGAAGGUAGUUGGUGCCUGGGAGGCCAGUGGCGUGGGUUCCAGCCGGGAGACCCUCCUGAUACCUGUGUCAGCCCCCAGGGCUGAGGGUGCGGCCAGCACACCGUCAGACCCCACCUCCCCUGCACCCGCAGAAGUGGCCUCCACCCUGGCCACGGCAGCACUGAGCAGGGCCUUGGCAGUCCCCCCAGGGCCCAGAGCGGCUGUCAGCACUGCAGCCCCAGCCAUUGGCAUGGCAGCCACCCUGGGGACAGCGACGGGAGACAGGAGUGUGGACACGCCACCCCCCAUCUCUGGCACCGCCCUCAACGGCCCCAUGUGACAGUGCUGCCACCCGCCAUGGCACGCACCCUCCAAGGAACUACCUGGUGAUGCCAUUUUUAAUUUAAUUUAAUUUAAAAAUAAAUGCUGCAUCGGUAAGCUGGCAGUUGGAACCAGCCUGUAGCUCCCGAGACCCCGAGUGGGCUGAGCCCAGCCUUGUGUGCAGCAGCAAGGCCACAGACACGCACUCUGCCUGUGGGCGGGGCCGCGAGGAGGCGCACGCCUUGGUUCCGAGCCAGGGGAGCUGCGUGCUUGAGCCUUGUGUCCAGCUGCGGCAAAGGUCCGGAGCUGGGCUGCCUAGUCUCGUCAGCCCAGUGGCCCUGGGAGUUGGCCUUGAGCCAGGCCUCGAAAUUUGACUGCCUUAAAAUGCCCCCGUGGCCUUGUGGGGGUGCCGGCCUGUGACUUCAGUGGGCAGCUGGCAUAUCUGGUGGGCCAGCGCGGGCAGCUGGGAGGGGGUACACGGUGCAGAGAUGGGCUUCAGCA